UGCUGUCACCUGGGAAUUCUCUGUUCACUAUGUAUGUGAAAGAGCCUGAUUACAAAACACCAAGGAAACUAUAAUCUAGUGGCUAAGCUUCACUAUGGAAACACAUACGGUACUCGGAAUUUUCUGUCCUAAUUCCAGGAAAGCGAACUUUGCUGGUGAGGGUGAGGGUGAUUGAUGAAUUGGAUGACCGAAGUGGCUUGUGGUUAGGGUCCCCUCCAUGGUUGGGGUAAGAUGAGGUAGAGCCUAACCACCACCAUUUCUAUUGGUUCUACCAACCUAUAUUUGAUUAUAGUAACGUAUAAAGUGGGACAGUGAAGUGAGAUAGACUGGGACAAAUGGGUAUAUCGAUCGCAUCAGUGCACCAACUGCAACUCGAAACGACAUGGAUUGAGUAAUCAGAAAUAUAAUUCACUCGCUCUGAUGAUUGGACCCUUCACCAUUUAAAGUCCCGUGUCCCACUUGAAUGCACACUUCCCCAGGCUAGGUUUCUCUUAAGACCUAAACUGCGUCAUCCGCUCUUAUGUUAUUACUUGUUAUUCUCUUCUCUGCCCUUCGUAGAAUAAUACUAUAAAAACCUCAUUAACCCUUUAUACUCAAAAGUCUCAAACUUUUUUUUCUCUCUCUGUCGCUGACUGAUCAUCAAAGUUGACCAUGAAGAAGCUCUACCGCAGAGGCACGGUUCAUCCAUCACCUCUGAGCACAACCGAUCAUCUGUCUUUCCUUCCGGCCACCAUCUUGACCCUCGUGGCUGCUCUUUCCCCGGAAGACAGGGAAGUCUUGGCCUAUCUCAUCUCUUGUGCUAACAACGAUUUCAGCAACUUCUCAUCCCACCGGAAAAACACCCAGAAACACCCGACUAAAAGAAGCAUCAGCUUCAGCAGCGGCAGCGAUCAUGACCAUCCACCUCUUUUUACCUGUGAUUGUUUCAGGUGCUAUAUGAGCUACUGGGUCAGGUGGGACUCAUCGUCCAACCGGCAGCUGAUACAUGAGAUUAUAGAUGCUUUUGAAGAUGGGUUAGCUCAAAGCAAGAAGACAAAGAGCAAGAAAGACAGGAAAAAGAAGAGCGGUGGAGCUGAUGGGUCUGGUGGUUCGAAACGAACCGAUUUGAGCUUAGGGAAGGACGAAUCAUGUGACUCGAAAUCGGCGGAAGCCAGUAGCAGUAGCAAAAGUUGUGGUGCUGAAGUUUGUGGGGAUGACGGUGAAGAAGAAGGGACAGACAAGGGUCCGGUGAGGAGGUUCGUGAACUUCAUCGGAGAGAGGAUUUGGAAUGUUUGGGGGCAGUGAAUUUAGACGAGAACCCCAAGAAAAUAGGUGGGUUUUAACUCCAGCCGAUUUUCUCUGUAUUAGAGAAAGAACAAUGAAAUUUCUUCUAUUUUUAAUUAAUUUUCCUUCUUUUUUGUAUAUUAUACCCUUUUACAAUGUAAAAAUGGGUAGUUUGAUCUUGAAUCAACCAUGUUUUUGUUGUUUCUUGAAGCAACCUUUUGAUAUAAAAAGAUUUUCUUGUUGCCCACCA